AUGAGCUCGAGUAUGCCGUUCGUGCACCCUGUGGCCGAGCGCAAGAACUACGACAGUAGGAGCGGGAUUUCUGUUUCCCGACUGCACCCGUGGUUCGCCAGGUACAAGCGGUGGGGGCUCGUCGCAUUCACGCUGCUGUUUGGGCUGUACUGGUUGGGCUUCGACACGCUGUGGCGCAAGGACCCGAAAAUCGUGCUGAUUCUCGCGGCAAACGAGGGUGGCGGCGUGUUGCGCUGGAAGAGCGAACAGGAGUGGGAGAUUGAGCGCAUCUCCACGCGCAACAAGCUGGCAUACGUGAAGCGCCACGGGUACGGGCUCGCGAUCAAGGACCUGACCGUGGCCAAGCGGUACACGCAUGAGUACCGCGAGGGCUGGCAGAAGGUGGACAUACUGAAGCAGACCAUGCGCGAGUACCCGAACGCGGAGUGGAUCUGGUGGCUCGACAGCAGCACGCUGAUCAUGGAGCCGGACCGCAGCCUGGAGGCCCACAUAUUCAACCGCCUCGACAGCCUUGUGGAUCGCACGCUCGAGAGCUUCAACGCGCUCAAGCUACCCGUCGACGUUCCCUACGUCGACUACUCCCAGCCCAUGGACCUGUUGAUCACCCAGGACUGCGGCGGCUUCAACCUCGGCUCCUUCUUCAUCCGCAACAGCGAAUGGAGCGCGCUGCUGCUCGACGUCUGGUGGGACCCUGCCGCCUACGAGCAGAAACACAUGUUGUGGGAGCAUCGCGAGCAGGACGCCCUGGAGGCUCUGUACGCCAACGAACCGUGGAUCCGCGAGCGGGUGGGCUUCCUACCCCUGCGCGCCAUCAACUCCUUCCCCACGGGCGCCUGUUCCGACUUCAGCGACGAGCCCCGCUAUUUCUACAGCGAGAAGGACCGCGACUUCCUGGUCAACAUGGCCGGCUGCAGCUACGGCCGCGAUUGCUGGCAGGAAAUGAAACACUACACCGCCCUGCUCGAGAAGUUGAACCGCAGAUGGUACUCGUUUCUGUUCUAG